AUGGAAGUAGUGAACAAGUGGUUGGAAGGCUACUUGAGAAACUAUGUGUCAGAACAGCAGAGAGCUUGGGUCAAGUGGCUGCAUAUAGGCGAGUACUGCUACAAUUCUUCUUUUCAUAUGUCGAUUAAGAUGUCUCCUUUCUUGGCUCUUUAUGGGUAUGAAGCACCUAGCUUUGCCGAUUUGGUGUUUGGUGAGAGCAGAGCACCCCAAGCCAAGGACUUGUUGCAGCAAAGUCAAGACAUCAUGAAAUCCUUGAAGGAUAAUCUGCAGAUUGCACAGAAUCAGCAGAAGAUGUAUGUUGAUCAGAGACGUGUUGAGCGUUCUUUCGAGGUUGGGGAUAUGGUUUAUCUCCGAUUGCAACCUUACAGACAGUCUACUCUCAAAAAGAGUGGAGCUGAGAAGCUCAAACCUCGUUUCUAUGGGCCAUUCAGGGUCAUCUGGAAAAGUUGGGGCAGUAGCUUAUGA